CCAGUCGAUUAAAGCCUCGCGGUUGCCGCGGCCUCGUCACCGAAGACAAUCCGUUUAUCCCAGGCAGCUUCAACUUCCCAAGAACUAUAUGUGGCCUGGUCCUUCAAGGUGAAGCGCCUUGCAACCUCCCUCGAGAUAGGAUCGUUAUCUCGGGCAGUAUCCAAAAUCAGCAGCAGGCCGCAAAUCACGCUCUCGAGUCCGACAAGGAGAUCUCUUCCUUCCCACCUUAGCUGUUCUGCAUCUUUAGUUUCGGUGCAUUGCAGCCAUUGCGCCCAUGUUUUCUGGAUUAUCUCAGCUUCUGCUUGGAAUGAAUGCUUGCGCGCAAUCGCCAAAGCGCUCGCGACCCAUUGUCCCACAGCUACUAAGAUCGCCGGGCCUUGCUUAGAUUUUACCACACGAACCAGGUCGUCCGCCAUGAUAUCAGUGGUUCCUUCCCAAAUGCUAAGCACGCAUAUGUCCCGGAAAAUCCUCGCAAUGUUUAACACGGGAUCUUCAUUCUCGAGAUACCCAACUCCACCUAGGUUCUCCAUGCAGGCACGAACUCCAUUGAUAGAUCUGAGGGCCGUUUGAGCUUUGCCCAUUGGGGUAAGGAGACGGAGUAGAGCACUGGAUUGCUGAGCGUUGGUUGGGAGGAUGGAAGCCUGGGUGGCUUGCGUGAGGCGGCUAUCUUGCCCUUCAGAAAUUCCCAGUAGCGAGGCGACGAAAUGGAGAAGGUUGAGAUGGCCCCUGUACAUGACAUGGUCUCGGGCAAGUGCUCUUACAUGUGCGGGCAUCUCUGUGAGGAGUUUACCGCGAGCGACCCUCACCUUCGCAUAAGCUCUCGAGAUUGCCAACCCCCUCGCCCAUCCACCCACCGCUCCAGCCAUAUUAUGAACCCUGGUGAUAUUGAGGAGGGUUGAAAUUUCCCUCACGCCGUCCCCUUCUUUGCCAAUCAAAUAGCCCCUCAUUCCCUUCAGUUCCAGUUCCGCAGUUGGGAGAGUUUUCGUGCCGAGUUUAUUUUUCAAGCGCUGAAUUCUCACUCCGUUAAGCUCCGUUUCGCCUUCGGCUCCACCCGGAACUUUUCUGCGCAAGGGAGCGUAGAAAGUGCUAAUUUGGCCAUUUGGUCCUGUUUUGGCAAGCAUGAUCGCCAUAUUGGCGUCGGUAGCGGAGGAAAACCACUUGAAACCGUCGAGCUGCCAUGGUCCAAGAGGAUAUCCAAGUUCAUCAACCCCUUUACUCGCAUUUUGCUCUUCUACAGAGAGUUUCCUACCCACAGUCUCCGUUCCACGAACGUCGCUGCCUCCCUUACGUUCUGUCAUCCAUUGUCCGCUAGUCCAUGCAAAACUGGGAUCUCGACUAAUCAAUCUAUUUCUCGCCUCUGUGAAUAUAGCACCAUCUGGACCGUUCAGAUGCCGUCCGAGCAUUUUAGCGGCGCCAUCGGUCAUAGCAGACGGGCAUGUAACCAGAGCGGCACUAGAAGUCCAAAGAGCGUAUUUGAUGAAUUGAUAUGCCCGGUUAUUCAACUGCGUGCCAGUAUUUCCGCCAUUGUGUGAUUGAGCGUCGGCAUAUGCUAGUGCCACCAUCCCUUCCUCGAUCCCUCGGUCUUGUAAUUUUCGCCACCCCUCACUCGUGACUAGAGGGUCCUGAUUAUUCUCUACACCAAACGUAGAAAGAGGGCGAAGGUACGGCUGGUUGCGCUCUGCUUCUGCCGUAUAGGCCAUAUGAGAUCUUGACAGCACAAGACGGGAAAAUCGAGAAAGAUCUUCAUCUAUGCUGGAGGGUAAAGGUGACGGAAGAUACAGGGAGAUGAUACGCCGAAAAGCAGCAUCUUCAUAAUAUUGAGGCAGAAUAGUUGGCUGGGCCUGGAAGAAGCCCGUUGUUGCGCUGGAUGGCUCCAUCUUGGGGUUGGUUGCUAAUAAAUAUUCCUGGUUUCUCCGCCGUAGAAUUUGUCUACUAAGUAAAACAUCUAAGGACUUUCAGAUUGCUGUAAAAGUGCUGCAAAAGGCUGGGUGGUGGGUUAUACAUAUAUAGGUCAAGUUCAACAUGACCCGCUAUCCCGAGGAUACUAGGCAUGGGCCUCGGUAGUGUACCCUGCUGCCUGCAUAACAUUUAAAUACAUAGAAGAAUACGGAUUUCAUAGAUGUUCGAGCCGCCACACUAUAUGGAGUACCUCACACUGAUGAAUCCAACAGUAUCUCGUACUGUCUGGGCCACAGGAAGUGUUGCAGACACCUACCCAUCUGCUGAUGAGCAUUUACCGAGGCCCAGAGAAUUGGCUCCGAAUAAAGAUUCUUACGUAAGACACUCUCUCAAUCCUUUGAACCAUUGAACCAACUCAUCCUCAUCCUCAUCCUCGAGUUGGUUACCAACUCCAAUUGAGGCGUGCAAAGUGUGUGAAUCCCAGACUCAACGAGCAGAAUAGCGCAGGCGUUCUCCAUACCAUACCCCACCCCGCUCUACGUGGUUGAAGAGCAGAUGGAACUUCCAUGCACCUCACACAAACUACAACGUAGGAGGGGGCCCCUUUCCCCCUAAGAGAAAAUGGAUUUCAUGUUAAGUGGAUCAUUACGUGGGAAGAUCAAUGAUGUCUCUUCUUUCAUACGCCUGUUCGACUACCAGCCCCUGAAAUUCUGGAAGGCAACAGUGACAGCUGAAUACAGCUUGGAAAUGUUGAAUUCAAGCGCGCAGUGACAACCAGGGGAAGUGAAUACUCCAAAAAACCGCGAACGGAUUUCAAUAGGAAGGAGUAUUGAUGCAAGUGAACGGGACUUCCUAUCUAUGAUGGCUUUUAUGGGUAAGAAAGGUGAUUGAAGCUAGCAAUAUUCUGAAUUUUCACACGCGACUCCAAAGGGUGGAACUUCUGACAAGCUUGGUACGAAUGGUUGAAACAGGCCCUUCUUCUGAAAAAUACAGGACACAUCUAACUGGCUAGGUACACCUUGCUAUAUUUGGAAGAGCAUGGGAGCGGUGUCGACGCUGAGCAGGAACCUCGUUAUUCCUACGCCUACGCUCGUUCAAGAAUCUUAUGCUUAGAUAUAUAAAAACGGGCUGGAAGCCGCUGGUUUGAUUCUUCACGAAGCCGAAUUUGCCUUCAUGAACGUCAUAUUGUGACCUCCAAGUCGAACGGGUUUCCAAUGAAGACGCUUAAUACCGUUCUUAGGGGAUAAAAUCCUGUUUUUUUAUCAUUAUUUUUCUUUUUUAGUUAUUUAUUGUUUAUUUUCUUGACGCGGGGCUAGCAGACUGGUGAGGGUCAGCCUCAGUCAGGUCAUAUCUAGUCACUCGGGUAUGAAACUCGCCGACCAGCUGAACGGGCCCUAAACUUUAUUUCUACCCCUACCUCGUCUAUAAGCAUAGAUAUAAUGGAUAUCUAUCUUAUUUUCUCUUUGGGCCACUGGUGCUUCCUCUUUUUGUAAUCAGUACACAUGGUUUUUAAUCCAGUUUGCCUUCAACCUUUCACCAUGUCCUGGUCUACUAUUGGGACCUAUGCGGUGCUGGCUUUUACAGCAGCGGUCGCGCUCAAUCUUGUCUACCAACUGGCCUUUCGCCUCCUGAAUACGACUAGGCCACCAUUGGUCUUCCACUGGAUCCCCUUUCUGGGAAGCACAAUCUGCUAUGGAAUCGACCCGUACAAGUUUUUCUUCUCUUGUCGCCAGAAGCACGGCGACAUCUUCACCUUUGUGCUUCUAGGACGUCGUACCACCGUCUACCUAGGCGUAAAGGGCAACGAGUUCAUUCUCAAUGGGAAGCUUAAAGACGUGAAUGCAGAGGAGGUGUACAGUCCCUUGACCACUCCGGUGUUCGGACCGGAUGUGGUCUACGACUGUCCAAAUUCCAAGCUCAUAGAGCAGAAGAAGUUCAUCAAGUAUGGUCUCACCCAAGCGGCGCUAGAAUCCCAUGUGCCGUUGAUCGAGAAGGAGGUCAGAGACUACCUCGACGCCUCAGCGAAUUUCCUCGGGGCCUCGGGGGAGGUGGACAUUGCAGCCGCCAUGGCAGAGAUCACUAUAUUCACCGCGGGGAGUGCUCUCCAGGGAGAAGAGGUGCGGUCCAAACUCACAACUGAGUUUGCCGCUCUCUACCACGAUCUGGACAAGGGAUUUACCCCGAUUAAUUUCAUGUUACCCUGGGCCCCCUUGCCCCAUAACAAGAAGCGCGACGCCGCCCAUGCCCGCAUGCAUGCCAUUUACAUCGACAUCAUCGACAAGCGGCGACUCGCAGGGACCAUCAGCGACGCUCCACAGGUGCUGGAUAUGAUUGGGAAUCUGAUGCAGUGCACUUACAAGAACGGCCAGAAGUUGCCAGACAAGGAGAUUGCGAAUAUCAUGAUCACUCUGCUAAUGGCCGGCCAGCAUUCUUCAGCCUCAAUCAGCACUUGGAUAAUGUUGCGCUUAGCCUCCGAGCCCACAGUCGUCGAGAAACUCUACCAAGAGCAGCUAUCCAACCUGCCACAAACUGGUCCCAAUGGAAGUCUGGCUCCCCUCCAAUACAAAGACCUUGACCGCCUCCCGUUACACCAGAAUGUGAUCAAGGAGACCCUCCGUCUCCACACAUCUAUCCAUUCCCUCCUACGCAAGGUUAAGAACCCACUGCCGGUCCCCGGUACACCCUAUGUGAUCCCGCGCUCAGAUAUCGUGCUCUCCGCGCCAGGCGUCACGGCCCUAAGCGAUGAAUAUUUCCCCAACGCUAUGGUAUGGGAUCCCCAUCGGUGGGAAACCCAGGAGCCUAAAUUAGAAGAGAAAGAAGACAUGGUCGAUUAUGGGUACGGCACUAUUUCAAAAGGCACCUCCAGUCCAUAUCUCCCCUUCGGAGCUGGGCGCCACCGCUGUAUCGGGGAGAAGUUUGCAUAUCUCAACCUCACGGUGAUUGUGGCAACCAUGGUGCGCCACAUGCAAUUUUCCAACAUAGAGGGAAAGACGGGCGUGCCUAGUACGGACUAUUCGUCCCUAUUUUCGGGCCCUAUAAAACCCGCGCGGAUCCGUUGGAGGCGACGGAAUGCAAAGUCAGAUUAGCUCCGUGCUCCUGUAUAAAUACUCGUCUAUAGAAUUAGAUCGUACCGGAAAGCGAGAGGAAAGCAUAUGAUCAAUAAAUUAGAGUGGUGUUGUCUGCUGCUUCCACUUUUUCUAGAGAAUGUCGAAGAUCGCCUGUUAUCUCCUUCUAUAUAGUUCUUAACCUGGACCAAAAAUGCCAGGUAUUGGUCUGUCGAGGAGUGUCGCUUGGUGGAAAUUAUCCAUGAAGGGGUAAAGUUCCACAUAAAGAGGUUUCGGUGUCACGAGUGUUUUUCUCUCUCGGACGGGGAGAUUUGUGUUGGCAUUGGCAUCUCGCCUUGCGAGGAAUGGAAAAUUCUGGUGUUUCUUCUAGAGAUGGAUUGAUCCAUAGAAUAGUCAUAAAUUCUCUUCCAUUUCGACUGCAGGCAUUAAGUUCAAAGAUUGCCAGUCAUCACGUAGUAAGACCGAUAGUUUCCCAAAUACUCAUAUGUCAAUGUCCAUCCCCCUGUAUAUGCCCAAUAUAACAUGCUGGACAAAGGCACGCCUGAUUUGUUGUGAUGUAUCAAUUUUGUGCUGCCCAUAAAUAGGAGGGGUUGAUGACUAAGCGAUAUUCCGUCCACAAAAUCUCGACCAACUUU